UUCCCGUUUUUUAUGCCGUUUGAAUUUUUACAUUUUGAAACUUUUUUGGUCUUUUUUAAUAGUUUCAUGUAUAGUUAGAGUGUUGGUCAAUGGUUUUUGUGGUUUACACUCUUAAGCUAUACAAUGUUCAGAUAUCAACCCCUAUUGCUUUUGAUUCCAAUUCCUCAAAGCUGCAAUCUUUAUUCUAGUCCAUGCCCUUUUAUCAAGAUUGGUUUCUAGGAGUUCUCACAGAUUCUCACCUAAUUAAAACCUCAGUAGAAACAGUUUGUUUCAGAUCAUGAGGUUCAAAGAAGGGAGUAGGGUUGAGGUGCUGAGAAAUAAAAAGGAAGCUUAUGGCUCUUGGUUUCCUGCAAGAACUUUAUCCAAAGUUGGAAACAUGUACACUGUUAGAUAUGAGCUUUGUCUGACAAGCAAAGGGGAGCCUAUGAUAGAGAAAGUGCCUGAAGAAGAUAUUAGGCCAUGCCCUCUGCUUGUGAACGAAGGGGAGAGUUGGGCUGUUGGUGAUAUUGCGGAGGCCUUUGAUCUUUGCUGUUGGAGGGUUGGAAAGAUUGCAAAGAUUUUCAGGGAUAAUUGUUGUGUUGUUAGAUUGUUUGGCUCCAUCCAGCUUAAGAAGUUUCAUGUCUCUGAUCUAAGAGUUCGGCAAGCUUGGCGUAAUAAUAGAUGGAUAUCGCUUGGGAAGGCAUUUGAAAAUAAAGAAAUUUACAAUAGCUCCAAAUACGAAACUUACAUAGAUUCUGGAGAAAAUGGAUUCAAAUAUGAAGAAGCUUGCACUAGACAAAAACAUAAACAGGAUUAUGUUUGCUCAUUUCAGGCGGAGAGAACCAAUAACAGGAAUAUAAACUUUCACGGUAGUUCACUCCUCGAUGACACAGCAUUGAGAGGAAACAACAGCAAAAGGAUGUGUACCUUCGAAGUCGGUGAAUAUUAUCCUCCAAUAAAAAGAGCACAACCGAGAAAGGUAGAUGCUUUACCAUUCUCUAAUAACUUGGUAGGUAAAACCUUCAUGCAACCAAUUAUUGAAGAGAGUAUCGAAUGCUCUGUGGCUAGUUGUAGUGGAAACAACCUACCCGAAUAUAGUCCUCUUGAUGAUACAACAUCUUCACCUGCAUCAAAGAAAAGUUACCGAGAUGUUUUUGAAAAUGGCUUGGUUGCAAAUGUCCAUGAGUUGGAGCUACAUGCAUAUAAGUCUACUGUGCAAGCUUUAUAUGCUUCUGGUCCGUUAAGUUGGGAGCAGGAGUCACUUUUAACGAAUCUUAGAAUGUCGCUACAUAUUUCGAAUGAGGAACAUUUGCUUCAGCUGAGGAACCUGCUAUCUGAUUAAACCCUACAAUAAUAAGGAAUAUCAGGUAUAUAUAAUUAGUCUCUGUUAAUUCCUGUUCUCCUUUGUUUUUUCUUUUUAAGUUUGUAGUAUAAGUUGGCAUGGAUAUAAGGAUUUGUAGAUUAACGAGUUUCUAUUUUGAUCUUUUUGUUUCUUGCUACUUCUUCAGCUCUGGUACUAUAUCAUGUACAUGUUUGCUAAAAGCAAUCAAGGUUUUUUGGGAUAAGUUUGUAUUUUGAACUUAAUGGCGAUGUAAGUGAUAUAGAACUUCUCCUUUUGUUUGUUUGUUGAUCGACUGGUUUGUUUUCA